AUGAAGGUACAGAAGCAGUGCAUGGAGGUGAAGGCUAUCAGGCCAAACCAGACAGUCCCUCCUGUAUCUGUCACUCUGUACUAUUAGAGUUUGUGUCCAGCCUCCAGAGUUUUCAUGUCCCAGCAGCUCCUUCCCCCCUGGAUGCUGCUGCAGGACAUCAUGACUGUCACUCUCGUUCCUUAUGGGAAUGCUAAGGAGCUAAACUUAGCAAAGUCUCCCUUCACCUGUCAGCACGGAGGGAAACUUGAUCGAGGUUUGCUUUUUGCCUGUCUCCUCCAUCUUACCGGACACCUAGCAUUUUGCAUCAUCUACUGCAUGGAGGUUGAUGUUGCAGAUGUUCUUAAUGCUACAGAACCUUGUUGUAUCUGCUGUUUGGUGCCUCCAGCUCUAUGCUGGUCCGGCAUUGAGUCCUGUGUGAGAGAAGGUCUGGAAUAUGGACUCAUGCAUGACAUGAAACCAGCUCACAAGCACAUGCCCUGGAUCAGCCUCAAUGGGGAAUAUACAGAGGAGAAGGAGAACAAAGCCAUGUCGUCCCGUUUCCACUUGGUUUGCCAACUCUACAAGGGUGAAGCCUCCAGCCUGCACUGGAGCCGCGGUCAGACUGGACAGAAGCUUCUGCUGGAAACAACAAAUAACACGAAAACCAGUCACAUACAAAUGUACCAGAAGCAGCGUUAA